AUGUUUGAGAGUAAAAUGAUCGAUAAGAUGACGACGUUAUGGACAAAUUUCGCCAAAUUCGGGGAGCCAAUUCCAGAGGUAACGAAGCUGUUGUCGUUGAAGUGGUAUCCUACUAACUCUACGUCGCCUCAUGCCAUGGUCAUUGAUGAGGAGUUAAGCACUUCCCACCUUUGGUACAGCGAGGCUUUAAAGUAUUGGCGGCAGGUAUACAGCAAGUACAGAAGGAAGAUUUGA